UCCGGGAUACAUCGGGCACCUUCGUCUGAACCUUCAACAAACAUCGAGUGGAAGAAGCCACCUUCAGAUAUGAAGAUCUGAGACCAAAAUACUUUUGAGGCUCCGCCACUGUUUCCAUCCCAAAAAUCUCAAGCCUCCUUCACCUCCGAAAGCAAAAAUCUUCCUUUCCUGUUACAUGCUUGGAACAUCUGGAGCGCUGCAUCUCUCCUACAUAUCCUUCUACAAACGGAUUGCCAACCCAAUUACCUCAUGGGUAUCUCUUCUGUCUUAGUUGUCUUCCUCAUCUGAACGAGCAUCGGUUCAGUCCCAAGUGUCGGACCGAGAGCCCAAAGAGAAGCAGCUGAGGGAAGGAGGACAGGAAAAGCAGGAGCUAAUCCGACGCAGAAAGGCGAGGGGAGCAUGUGCUGGCCAGGUGAAUGCCGAAGCGCAAGGUAAAGUGAUCCACGGUAGUAACAUCUCCUAAGAGGAGAGGCCAGACGAAUUAAUACUGUUGAUUUCUCUGUUUCCACUUCACUUUUUGGCAUUGUGGAGCCAGUUUAAGAGUUAUGAAAAGAUCAAGCUUACCCCGAUAUUCCGACCAGUCGGAUUAUGAGGAUGAUGAAGGUGCACCUUCUUCAUCGUCUCCACCACCAGUGGGGGAAGAUGAUUUUCAGUAUGAUGUGUUUCUGAGCUUCAGGGGACCAGACACUCGCAACGGCUUCACCGGCCAUCUCCAUCAUGCAAUGCAAGACAAGGGCAUCCACACUUUCAUCGAUAGCCAAGAGUUGGAGAAGGGACAGAAGGUGAAGGAACUAUGUAGGUACAUAGAGACAUCCAAAAUAUUUGUGCCCAUCUUCUCCAAAGGUUAUGCCGAUUCAGAGUGGUGUUUGAAAGAAAUAACCAAGAUGGUGGAGUGCAAGAGGCUCAUCAUACCAGUCUUCUUUGAUGUCGAGCCAAGAGACGUCCGUGGUCAAUCUGGCCCUUUUGAACCAGCAUUCACAAGAUAUGGUAAAAAUGAUAUAACAAACAAGGAGGAGGUGAGGAAAUGGAGAAACGCUUUGACAGAAGCAGGGGAAAUCUCAGGGUAUACCUUGGCUAAUGGUUGUGUAGACGAGGCAACUGAGAUAAAAAAAAUUGUGACGAGGAUCUUGACUGAAGUGAACAGCGCCCCUCUAUUUAUUGGAGAUACACAUCCAAUAGGUCUAGAUUCUAGAAUUGCAGAGUUGGUGGAGGUGCUGGAGCUUGAAUCCCAGAAUGAUGUCAUAAUGGUUGGGAUCCAUGGAAUGGGUGGGAUUGGCAAGACGACUCUUGUCAGGGCCGCCUAUAACCAACUCUUUCUGCAUUUUGAUGCUUGUAGCUUCAUUUCAGACGUUAGAGAAGCAGCAAAACAGUCCAAACUGGUUUCCCUCCAAGAACAGCUGCUUCGUGAUGUUCUCAAGGAUGAAAAAGUGAAAGUAAAUGACAUCGCCCAUGGAACUAGCAUGAUCAUGAAGCGAAUUAAGAGUAAGAAGGUUCUGCUAGUUCUUGACGACAUUGACAGCGAAUCACAGCUCUGUGCAUUGGUCGGCAGCGUGGAUCAUUUUCCGCCUGGGUCAAGAAUCAUCAUUACUACUAGAGAUAUGCAGGUGUUGAUUGAGCCACCAACACUAAGAGUGAAAAAUGUGUAUAAGAUUAAGGAGCUCGAUUCUGCCCAAUGGCUUCAGCUUUUCAGUUGGCAUGCAUUUUGGAAAGAGGAGCCACCUGCUGAAUUUACAAAGUUAUCAAAGGAAGUUGCAGCUAUUGCUGUUGGGCUGCCACUAGCCCUCAAAAUAUUCGGUAGACAUUUCUUGUGCCAGAAAACAAAUAAACAACGAGAAACCAUGUUGCAAAAGUUGAAGAAAGAUCAAAACAAAGAUAUCCAUGAGAGGUUGAAGAUAAGUUUUGAUGCCCUUGAUAAAGAAGAAAAAAUUGUAUUUUUGGACAUAGCCUGCUUCUUUAUCGGUGAACAAAGCAGUUAUGCUACUUUCAUGUGGGAAGAACGCAACCUCUUCCCAGACCUAACAAUCAAAGUCUUAAUGCACAAGUGUCUAGUCAAUAUAAAUAAGGAUACGGGAAAGUUUGAAAUGCAUGACUGUAUCAGAGACAUGGGAAGAAAAAUUGUGGAAGAUGAAAGCCCAAAUCCAGAAAACCGUCCAGAAAACCGCAGCAGGUUGUGGCAGAAAGAUGACAUACUAAAAGUACUGCGAGAAAAGAAGGUCUUCAGCCAAUUAAAAGUACUAAAUCUCAGAGAAUGUACAAGGCUCACCAUCUGUCCAGACUUUACGGGCAUGCCACAUUUAGAGGAAUUGUACUUUGAACGUUGUGUGGCGUUGACAGAACUUCAUCCAUCCAUUUGGGGAUUGACCUCACUCCAAGUGCUUGAUCUCCAUGCUUGCCGUCAAAUUACAGCUUUUCCAUCACAACCGAGUGAUUCUAAGUCAUUGCUUGGCCGAUUAAAAGUCCUAAAUCUCCCAUAUUGUUCUCAACUUACCACCUGUCCAGAUAUAAAAAAGGUCCAUUCAAUGUUAGACUAAAUACUUUCCAGUCAAGGUUUAUCUUACUUAAACAAAGAACAAUGCAAAAAGAAGUAGGUUUUAAUUGCAAAAAAAAAAAAAGGAAAAAGAAAAAGAAAAACGAUUCAUUUAUAAUUGGUGAUGUUAAUAAUCACAACUCGUAAUUUGUAAAAGUAAAAUUAUUUGUAAUGGGAGCAGUUUUGAUCCACUAAAUGUAAAUGUAGAUCAUUGCCAUUCAGGAAAACUAAGAAAUCUCCAGUCAUUCUAUAUUUUUUCUUUUUGCCGAAUUAAAAAUUAUUGUUGAUAUUGAAAGGUAAAUUUGUAAUUUAGGAUUUUAAAAUGAGGCUAAGUUUCACGAAAAAAUUGAUGGCUUAUUUGUGGUAGUUCACAGGUUGAGGCUGGAACUUUUUGUUAUUGGCCCAAAGGAUGGGUUUUCCGUUCUAUUUUUUUUUAAUUGAAAAUUUAAAUUUUAAAUUUUCCGCAAUCCAAAAAUACAUAUACGCUAAUCUAAUGGGAGCUCAUGAAAUUGUGUCUUCUUAAUAUCUUAUAUGGCGCGAUUGAUCUACUCUAAAAUAAAAGUAAUCAAGAAUUAGAGAGAAGAAAAAAUUCCGUAAAAGACCUUUUUUGGUGUUCGUUCGUAGUUAAAAAUUAAUUUACUAAAAAUUAAUUUAGUCAAAAAUUAAUUUACUACAAUGAAAAUACUUGGGUAUUAUUGGCUAGUUAUAGAGUUAAACUUACCACAAAAGAAAGACGGCGUUCCUGAGAAGAUCUAAUUUCAAAAAUUAAUAUAAAAUGCUAGACUGAAAAAGGAUGAAUUGAAAGAGUUAAAAAAUAAAAAGUCAAGCGUUCCUAAGCACUGAGGUCUCUCUAUGGGCUUCCACCAAUAAUGAAGGAACAUGGACUUCACUGGUGGGUGGAUCCGAGAAAAACGGAACUGCGUUCUUAAGAAGGCAACGCGGCACCUCCAUCUAAACAUUGGAAGAUCUGGAGCAUUGCAUCUCCCCUACAUGUCCUUCUACACACGCAUUGACAACCCAAUUACCUCACCAGCAUCUCUUCUGUCUUAGUUGUCUUCCUCAUCUGGACGACCAGUCCCAGGUCUCAGGCCGAGAGUGCAGAGAGAAGCAGUUCAGGGAAGGAGGACAGAGUAGAAAGACACGGCGAGGCCAAGUGAAUGCCGCUAGCUAAAGGUGAUCCAGAGAGGCCAGACUAAUUAAUACUGUUGAUUUCUCUAUUUCCACUUCCACUUCACUCUUUGGCAUUGUGAAGAACGAAAACUUUGCAGACGGCGACGAUUUAUUGGCAAAGAUCUUUUGAGGUGGAGGGUCUUGUUUCACUCAUUUCAAGUAACAAGAGAGGUUGUUAGGGGGAUCAGAAAGUUUUCUUUUCUUGUUUGGGUUUUUUUUUUUUUGCGUUUUUUCUGUUUUGUGAAGAUUGGUGCGCGU